GGGUGACACUGUCACUAUAACGAUUUAUGAUUGUACUUUUAAAAGAUUCAGAACCUUACAGCAUUAAAUGCUUUCAAAAAUGAACGCAAAAUACACGGACUUGUGUAAACGACCGGAGCCAACUUCACGUUGCUUCUCUCCCAUUUGUUUAUGUUCGAUCAGAGAUAAUGGAAGUGUAAAUUAGUUUUCUGUGAAAAUUUCCCUAAUUUUCCGGGUUAAUCAAUAAUAUUAUCAAUAUAAAGUGAUGCUAAUUUAAUCAUCAAAAGUGAAAAAAUACAUCAACUAUAUUUAAUAUAAUUAAAAUCUCAUAAACAGUGCGAGAGUUCAAUUAAUCUAGAAUAAAAAAAAAGUUCUUGAAUGGAAACGGAAGAAGAAAUUUUUUUCUUAUGAGAACUGAAAAGUGAUCGAUCAAAAAAAAAGUCUUAUCAGUUUUUAAGACAAGAAAUAAAAAAAUAAUAUAUUAAAGAUAAAAUAUGAUUUAUCGGUUGUGCUUCGAACGCCAAUAGAUAAGACGACAUAAACAGUGUCUCAAAGGAAAUAAGAAUUUUUUGUUACAAUAAGCAAAUAACAUAAAAAAAUAAUAAACAAUGUCGCAUUUAUUUAACGCCGCUAUCAUAUUCGGAUUAUAUUUAUUUGUCUCGACAACACAAGCCACUUACAACUUGUAUCUGAAUGAAUAUGAAACCAUGAGAUUGCUAGGACUCUCAGCUGAGAUGUACUACGUACGGGACGGACAUAUAAAUAAAUAUGCGUUACAAUUCACAGUUCCAGUUGCAGCGAAUAUUAAUGAUAUCGUGUUUACGUGGCAGAGCUUAGCUGGUCGUACGCUACCGUAUCGUAUUAAUAUUGUUACUGCAGAUCCUGCUGUAUUGCCACGACCUCAACUCAACAUCAGUCGGAUUGGCGAGAUGCCACAAGAAAUUGAAACCUUUUCAAUUGAAAUGAAAUGUUCAGGCAUAAGAUCAAGUGAAGUGGAAGUAACAAUAUCCAUUGAGAUAACACUCAAUCGAGCCACAAAUAAUGUCACGGAAUUGGUUUUUACACGAAAGAAGAUCUGCUUACAGAAUGAAAUUGUAGACGAGAGUAUGGAUAAUGCGACAAUGUUUACAACAAUUCCCAAGCCAUCGAAUGAUAUCAUGACACUCAUUGUGGGUGGAUUUCUUGCGAUUAUUGUGGUUGUACUUUUCAUUUCCAUCGCUUACUGUGCACGGAAGCCAGCAAAGAGGAAGCCACAUGUAACACAGCUAGCACGAACUUCUAGUUUUCAGCGACUACAAACAGCACAGGCACAAUCUCCCUCGAUUUGCCCAACAACGCCACGUGGAAAAUGUACGGAACCGGAAGAGCUACAACGUCGCAUUGCUGAAAUUACCGUUCAACGUUGCCGCGUUCGCUUGUCAAGCUUAUUGCAGGAAGGAACUUUUGGACGUGUCUAUCGUGGAACGUACAAUGAAACUGAGGAUGUUAUCGUAAAGACUGUUGGACAGCAGGCAAAUGAAAUUCAAGUUUCAUUGCUUUUGCAAGAAGGAAUGCAUCUUUAUGGAGCUUUGCAUGAAAAUAUUUUGGCUAUACUUGGUGUAUCUAUUGAGGAUCAUACCGCACCAUUCUUACUUUAUCCUGCUGAUAAUAAUACAGUUAAUUUAAAGAUAUUCUUGCAGCAGCCAGUUGCCAGGACAUUGACAACAAUUCAAAUCGUUCGAAUGUCAUCAGAACUUGCUGGUGCACUUUGUCAUUUACAUGCUCAUGGUGUUGUCCAUAAGGAUAUUGCAACGAGGAACUGUGUCAUUGAUGAUGACUUGUCAGUUAAAUUAACAGACAACUCAUUGUCACGUGAUCUCUUUCCACAAGAUUAUCAUUGUCUUGGUGAUCGUGAAAAUCGUCCCAUUAAGUGGCUCUCACUAGAGGCAUUAAGUAAGAAGCAAUUUAGUGAAGCAUCUGAUGCUUGGGCAUUCGGUGUUCUUAUCUGGGAAAUGUGUACACUUGCAAAGCAGCCGUACAUUGAUAUUGAUGCCUUUGAGAUGGAAAAUUAUUUACGUGAUGGAUAUCGAUUAGCACAGCCACUUCAUUGCCCCGAUGAACUAUUCACAAUUAUGGCUUACUGCUGGGCUGUUUCCACAUUCGAGCGUCCAACAUCCCAACAACUUCAAUUAUGCUUGCUAGACUUUUACAAUCAGCUUACACAUUUUGUAUGAGGUUUAACAAAAGCUUUCGUUCAUAGUGAUUUUAAUACAAUUGACUAUGAAUAGGAAAGUGAAUUAAAAAUGUCGACGAGUUUGUAUGGAUGUGUUUUUGGGUGUGACUAGAGCGCAAAAAGAGGUUGGAAGGGUAAUUUUUGCAAAAGAACGUUCCUUUUGUGAAAUGGUAAUCAAUAAAAUUCACUUUUGGGUGGGAUUCGAACCCACAAUUUCUUGAGCGAUACAAAUUUAAACUUGCUCGAACAUUUUCGUUAAUUUUUUUUUUGUUUGAAUUGACAAUUUGACUCAAUGCUUAUCAAAUUAGUCACAUCCGCAAAAAAAAUCUAAAACACUUAAUCUCUUAAAAUGCUCAAAAAUACUUCGAAAUUAUGAAAACGAAAAGUGCGCUGAAAAAAGUCCAUGUAUGUUUGCCAAAAAUAGAAUAACAAGAUGAGCAAAAAGAGCAAACUUUUUUAAUUGAAUCAAUUUUUAUAUUGCAUGCGAAUCAGAAAAAGCUUUAGAGAGAAAUUUGCUAGAAAAUUGCAGUUUUUUUUGCUCAUAUUAAAAACUAAAAGUGAAAAGUUUUUUCAAUGUUGUGAAUAAUUCAAGUUUUUUAAAUACAUUAUAAACUAAUCCCAUCGUAUAAUAUUAGCUGAAAGAAAUCAACUUAUGACAAAUUAAAAUUUUUUUAUAGAUAGGAUGAUGAAGAAGAAAAAAAAAAUACUGUGAUAUUAAAAUUAAUACUAGUAGAUUAAAAAUGGAGCUCAAUGUUCCUAUAGAAACUUCUCUUUUUUUGAUAUUUUGUAAUUUAAUAACAACUUUUUCCUUUCAGUUUUAUUUUAAUUUUUAUGUUUUAUGUGGCCAUGUCUGUAUGAAAAAUAUAGCAAUUGUAAUAAUAAUAAUAAAUUUUAGCUAAUAAAUUAAUGAGAUUAAUUUUAGUAUUUUUAAUGAUAUUCAGUCAUAAAUUAUCAAAUUUUCUAUUACAGUGAACUUUCUGGGUGGUAAAAAAAUAUAUUCGCAGUUUUGCUUUUUAAUGGAGAGUGGCUUUUAAUGGUGCUGUUAAAAUUAGACCAAGCUGUGGUUGGUAAGCUGCGUAUUUUGGG